CAUAUAUUUCAGAUUAUCAUUUCGUCACACUAAGAUAAAACAUGGAAACCGCGGACGAGUUUUGGAGAAUGUACGAGCAACUAUCUCUUCGUCUGAAAAAGAAGUAUCUGAAGAAAACACACUUCUCUGAUUCCCUCGAUCAUUUCACAAAACUAGCCAAGCAUUUGGACGAGGAGAGGUGCCCACAGUAUGCUGCCUUUUGCUCAUUGGCCGUCGCGAAGUGUGAGCAGUCGAUGGGCAAUGGACUUCAGGAGGCCAAGGCAUACACAGAUGCGGCAGAGUACUUCAUGCGGGCCCAUCUUGACAGCGGGGAGCUGAACUACGAGGAACAUCUAUCAGCUGCACUCCAGGCAUACUCGGCUGCUGUCAAGAUCUACAUUGAGCAAGGUCAGACGUCGGCUGCUGGAGUCCUGCUGCUGAAGAUUGGCAACAAACUCACUUGGGCCAAAAAGCCAGAUGAGGCAGUCAUCUUCUUCCAGCGUGGCAAUGAGAUCAACCAGAGCUUCCCGUCUGCCUUCAUGACAGGCAUGGAGGGUCUGAUUCUGUGUCUGGUGCUCUCCAAGGACCAUCUGGAAGCCCUCAACACCCUCAUUGCCUACAUGCACUACCUACACUCUAGAACAGAUACCACCUUGGAGCCCUAUAGGUCAACUCUAGGGCGAUGCAAACUGCAACUUGUCCUGCUCUCAAUUGUGACACAAGAUGCUCUCACUAAAAUGUACGAGCCCCAGCAGAAAUUAUGGGACGUUUUUGAAGCUGUACAUUUCACAAACCCAAUCGCAGAAUUGAACGCUGAAAUUUUCUUCACAAUUCAGUCUAUAAUGUUGGCAGUGAAAUACAGAGAGGUGAACUCGUUUCAGGUCGCAAUCAACUCUUGUUAUGCUUAUUGGAACAGCUUAGAAAGAACUCUACUGCAAGAAAUAUCAGAGUCACUUUACUGCAAGUCAAACUGAUUGCUGAGUGUUUAGAAAAUAUUUAUGAAAUUUGAAAUUUGUAGGAAUUACAAAAUCCAUUAUGAAAAAGUUUUCGAUGGAAGCUCGAAAACAGCGAAAAUAGUCGCGGAGAGUUAGGGUGGUUAUUCAAUUAUAAAU